AUGUUCUCCUCCAACAGAUUACUUCUCUCGCUACUACUCACCUUGACAUCAACAACAACCGUCCUCGCCGCACCCACCAGGGACACCAGGGAACCCAGACUCGAAGACGUCCAAUGCCGCUGCCUAUCCUUUUCCACAACCGCAAAACCCACGCCUUGCACGUACCUAGAGUCCCGCACCCUCGACUGGCACUCCGCAUACGCAUUCGCCUCGGACAACGACAUGAGCAUCCACUUUGCCAGCAAAGCCACCAUCACAAAGGUCCUCUCCAUCCCAAAGCCGCUGCCCAGUACUGUCCUCUUGAGCAUCCAGGGCACCGAGGCCCACCACUCACAUGCUCGGAUCCAACCACACGCCGCCCAGCACCACCACCAGGCAGCAGAACCCCAGGAUCCAACCGCAAACAUGAAUAAAAUCCUCUGCGGCCUCGGCAACGAAAUUCACAAUCUCGGCGCCGACAUGGAGCUCUCGGAACCAGAGUUGCAUUAUGCCGGCGUGGUUGUGGCAUCUUUUAUGCUGUUCCUCAUUCUCUCCGUCGCAGCAGAGUACCUGUGGUCCACCCACUUCAGUCGUGGCGGCGCCAUCAAGCUCGAGGGCGAUGAGAAGAAUCUCUCAGCCAUGAACGAGCACGUGACACCGCACCAGUCUUGGAUUUCUCCUGAACAAGAGACAUCUUGA